AUGGUCUACAAUGGACCAGAGGGACCACGUGGAGAAUUGGGUACGGUCUACAAUGGACCAGAGGGACCACGUGGAGAAUUGGGUACGGUCUACAAUGGACCACAGGGACCACGUGGAGAAUUGGGUACGGUCUACAAUGGACAACGUGGACCACGUGGAGAAUUGGGUACGGUCUACAAUGGACCACAGGGACCACGUGGAGAAUUGGGUACGGUCUACAAUGGACCACAGGGACCACGUGGAGAAUUGGGUACGGUCUACAAUGGACCACAGGGACCACGUGGAGAAUUGGGUACGGUCUACAAUGGACCACAGGGACCACGUGGAGAAUUGGGUACGGUCUACAAUGGACCACAGGGACCACGUGGAGAAUUGGGUACGGUCUACAAUGGACCACAGGGACCACGUGGGGAAUUGGGUACGGUCUACAAUGGACCACAGGGACCACGUGGAGAAUUGGGUACGGUCUUCAAUGGACCACAGGGACCACGUGGAGAAUUGGGUACGGUCUACAAUGGACCACAGGGACCACGUGGAGAAAUGGGUACGGUCUACAAUGGACAACGUGGACCACGAGGAGAAUUGGGUACGGUCUACAAUGGACCACAGGGACCACGUGGAGAAUUGGGUACGGUCUACAAUGGACCACAGGGACCACGUGGAGAAUUGGGUACGGUCUACAAUGGACCACAGGGACCACGUGAAGAAUUGGGUACGGUCUACAAUGGGCCACAGGGACCACGUGGAGAAUUGGUUACGGUCUACAAUGGACCACAGGGACCACGUGGAGAAUUGGUUACGGUCUACAAUGGACCACAGGGACCACGUGGGGAAUUGGGUACGGUCUUCAAUGGACCACAGGGACCACGUGGAGAAUUGGUUACGGUCUACAAUGGACCACAGGGAUCGGUCUACAAUGAAGGUGUAUUUGGACCUGUCCUGGUAUAG